UCACACGGUGCGCGUACCUCUCUGACAGCAGAGCUUCCUUCGCUACGCAGUCAUUUGCUCAAGUAACAUAAAGAGCAUCGCGCGAAUGAGCGUGAGAGGGCUCCUCUCGCUCCCACGCGAUCUCUUUCUCUCAUCACCUACACCCUUAGUAUUAUAAAUCCGUGCAGAUACAAAUGCCAAGAGAAACUGCCCUUUCUGUAGACACCUGUUCAUUCGUAGCGGUUGCGCACCAGGGGAGAGGGGCGGGGAGCGAUUAAAAGAACAGAGUGGUUGUACAUCGGACUUAUUUUUCGCGUUAGCUCAGUGCAUUUCUCUCCUCCAUCCAGCAUUCACCGGUCUCUGGAAUGAGCUGUUUUUUCGCCUAUGUCGUUUCCACUCCAGCAUGGGAACCGCCGUGUCGAAAAGGAAGAAUCUAAGGAACGAUGCAAUAUCCUCCGUGGCAGCAAAAGUUAGAGCAGCCAGAGCAUUUGGAGAGUACUUGUCUCACGCACACCCCGAGAACCGCAACGGAUCAGAUCAGCUGCUUUCUGACACUUUCAUUGGCCAGGACUCCGACUCCCCCAGCAUCAGCCGUCUCCAGAGCAACAGCCUCCACCCGCGCGCCUGCCCCACCACGCUGGCGACGCCUGCCGCGGACCAGCCCCCGUCCGCCAAACCCCAGUCGGCCCCGCCGUCGUCCUCCAAGCGCCGCGUGUCCCUGGAGCGCGGCGGCUCCGCCGAGAGCGGGCUUCAGCCGGCGCGGGUCUACACCAUCACCGGGGAGAGGGGCAUGCUGGGAGUGCGGGGCAGCGAGGAGAGCCUGGAGCUGGAGGUGCUGAAGGGGGGCCGGGACCAGGCCAAAGCCCCGCCUCCUGCACCGCCCAGCGCCGACCAGCAGCAGCAGCAGCAGCAGCCGUCUUCGCGUAGCCGUCACCGCGGCGGGCAUCACCACGGGCAGCAGAACAGCGCCGCCCAGCCCCGGGGCCCCGCCCCCGGCCAGUCCCAGCCCCUCCAGAGCUCGGGCAGCGCCCACAACAUCAGGGACUGGGGGAGCCGGAGGGGGGGCUCGCGGGAGGACUGCAGCCCCGACUGCGUGCGGGCGCCCACCCAGAGCCAGCGCUCCCUGGACCUGGACACCUCGCCCCGCGACUCGGGCAAGCAGCGCAAGAAGCUGGAGCGCAUGUACAGCGAGGACCGAGCGCCCAGCGGGGAGAGGGAUGACAACGUCAAUGGCUGGUUCCCCAAAGAGAACAUGUUCAGCUUCCAGACGGCUACCACCACCAUGCAGGCGAUAUCGGCUUUCCGCGGCAUUGCUGAGCGAAAGAGGAGGAAAAGAGAACAGGAAGCAGCUGCUGUCAUGGAGAGGAACUUCAGGAAACACCUAAGAAUGGUAGGGAGCCGGCGGGUCAAAGUUCAAACGUUCGCCGACCGCAGAGCCAAGAGUUUCAGCCGAUCCUGGAGUGACCCCACCCCCAUCAAGCCUGACUCUCUACACAACUCCAGAGACAGUGGGGACCUGCAGGCCUCCUCGGGGACUCUGGAUGAGGUGCCUUGUGAGGACGUGGACUGGGAAGAGGAGAGAGAAUUGGAACGGGCAGCCUGCGAGGGAGACGACUUCAUCCCACCCAAAAUCAUGCUGAUCUCUUCCAAGGUCCCGAAGGCGGAGUACGUGCCCACCAUAAUCCGCCGUGGUGAUCCCUCCAUCAUUCCCAUCCUCUAUGACCAUGAGCAUGCCACGUUUAAUGAUAUUCUCGAGGAGAUUGAGAAGAAACUGACUGCAUACAGGAAAGGCUGUAAAAUCUGGAGAAUGCUUAUAUUUUGUCAGGGAGGACCAGGUCACCUGUAUCUACUGAAGAACAAAGUUGCUACAUUUGCUAAAGUUGAAAAGGAGGAAGACAUGAUCAGUUUCUGGAAGAGGCUGAGCAGGUUCAUGAGCGCAUUGAACCCUGAACCCAAUGUCAUCCACAUCAUGGGCUGCUACGUCUUGGGAAAUGCCAACGGAGAGAAGCUGUUUCAGAACCUGAAGAAUCUGAUGAGACCGUACUCCAUUGAAUUCAAAUCUCCUCUGGAACUGUCCGCUGAGGGUAAAGAGAUGAUCGAGAUAUAUUUUGACUUCCGUCUCUUUCGACUGUGGAAAGCACGUCAGCACUCUAAACUGCUUGAUUAUAUCGACGUUUUGUGACCUUGCCCCAACUUCUGGCAGAAGCCUGCGGGGCAGGAGAUCUAGUGGCGAAGCCCAACUUGGCGGCGUUCAUUUCGGAAGAGCCGGUGCUGGGAAACUUGGAGAGAAGGGAAGGGAGAGAGGAGGGGUGUUGACGGUGAAGGGAACUAAAUCUUCUGUUACCUGGCACCCAGAGGCCGGAGGGACAGAUUCUGUUGCCGAGGCAAUGAGUGUGUUAACACCAUCUCUUGCUCCCAAGUGACUGCAGAGAGAGAGGGAGAGAGAAGGCAAGAGAAAGAGAGAGCGAGGACAUGCUCUCUCGUAAAUUAUGAAAAGGGAGAGGAGGUUGAGUCAGAGUGAGAAAUGGAGAGAGAGAGAGAGAGAGAGAUCAGGAAGACACUGGAAAGAUUGAAAGGAGCGAUGAACAGAGUUGUCUGGAGAAAAUGAUGGACAGUCUCUCUUACAUUGGGUGUAUGUGUGUGUAUGUGAUUGUUACAUUGACAAAGAGGCACGUUGAUGCGAAGACCAUUUUUUUUCUUCAGGUCGCUUGAUUAGUCCUCAUUAGGGGCUGGACACUUUCUGAAUUGUCUGAACUUUUCAGGAGAUAAAACUGCUAUAAAAACAUCAUAUACCGUUGUAAUAUAUAGUUGUAUUAUGAGAUAUAAUCAUAUAGUCAUAUGAAUAAUAUCACACAUCAGUUUUUUACCUUAACUUAGUGGUGUUUCUAAUGGGCUUUUUGAAGAAAAACUCAGGUUAUUUAAACUAGUGCCCUGCAUUUUAAUACUCCCAGACAUGUCACACUGUCAAUGAUCUGGAAGUGAAGGUCCGCUCAGUUUGAAAUGUUUAACAUGCGUUUCAGCCAUGACUAAGAAUGGAUGGGGUGGCUGAGCAGAGAUUGGGACUAGGUCAUUGUGUGUGUGUAUGUGUGUGUGUGCGUGUGUAUCUGUGUGUCUGUCUCAUAGCUUUUCAUAGGUGAGCCAGAAACUUAAAUAUUCACACAUGUAGUUGACACUCUUUCCUACUCACUGUGAGUGGACACUGGCCUUUUUAUUGAAGUGUUCACUCCUGUGUUAGUGGCCCUAUUAUUAUUAUUAUUAUUAUUAUUAUUAUUAUUAUUAUUAUUAUUAUUAUUAUUAUUAUUAGUGCCAGAGCAUUACAUAGCCAGGUCUGCCCAAAUCUACUGUAAUGCCAGGUAACACAACAGCAGCUUCAGGGAGGGAGUUCAUGCAUUUAUUGGCUCUUUGUGUGUGUGCGUGCUUGUGUGUGUGUGUGUGUGUGUAGGUUGGGGAAGGGGUUACUCUGUAUUUAUGCUUUCCCCGCUACAAUCUCUGUACUUAACUGUAUAGUCUUGCUUGUCUGUUCAAACUGAAUCACUUAUUUUUGUCAGAGGCACAAUAGUGCAGACCCAAAUGUCAAAAUGGCACAGCUGUCGCCUUGAAAGAACCCACUUGUCAGGAUUAUUUGAAGGCUCCAGAAGUGCUCUCUGUGAGAACUGUGAUUCAAAAGCAACAUUUAAUUCCUCCUUAAUUGAUUAAUCCGGCUGCCCUUUGAAUAAUAGCGUAUGGUUCAUCAUGGGGUUGGUUUGGGGGUACAUCAUUUUACUUCUGGGGUGUAGUAGCCUUUUCGGCUGCUCCCCCUGGGAUUUGAACACGCGUCCCACUGUAUUGAUUUUGGACAGCCAGUCUAGUUUGAACAGAUGUUUCACCACACUGAGUACCACACUGUUGGUUAUCAAAUCUUUUUAAAGCAUUUUAAUGAUAUAAAGAGAAAUAAAAAAAUAUAACUUUAAUAGCAUACUCCUUACCAACCAAAUAUUUAUUAGAUAGCUUUAUGCUGCAUCACAUGCUAUGUUUCUUAAUUUUGCUUGAAUUUUACUGGUGACUUCAGCUGCAUAGAUACCAUUCAUAUUUAGACUUGAGUUGAUACAUUCUCUCUGCUGUGUUCACUAUUGAAGACAAACAUAGGACAAAACCAGUGCUAGAUUCAUGUUCUGCUACGUGUUCUGUAUCAAGAAAUAAAUUAACACUUAGGAAAGAUGCAUCAGUGCAGUUCUCUUUGAUCCUUUUCUGUGUGUGGGAAGGAUGUUACAAAGAUGCACCAGUGAAUGUUUUUAGGUUUUUAAGAACAAUGGCUGAACACAAAACCACAGAAGUGGUGAAACAUGAAUCUAGCAUUGGCUUUGUCAUAUUUUAUUUCUGGCUGUCAACAGUAGUGGGGAUAUUGGAAAGAAGGUAUCGAUUGCAGUCAAAAUAUAUAGUAUAUACAAUAUCUAGAUCGUGUCAGACAUUUCAGUUUAUUAAAACUAUGAAACAUUGUACUGCAUUGCAGUGCGACGCUGUCCAACAAACAUUAGUAAGGAGUCGGCUCUAAAAUGUGCAUUUGAAUUUCCUUCUAACGAUCAAUGAGGAAAAGAAGGGACUCUUAAUAAUGUGUGUAUUUUCUGCCUUCCAUAAGUGUGAAAGUAUUUAUUUGAUUGAAAUGUGUAAAUAUGUGUAUAAUGUAUAAUUGUACAAGAACAAAGGGAUUUUGCCAUAGUACAACGUUACAUUGUUUUUCCUUAACCUUCCUGUGCUGAAAUGGAAAAGCAUUAUGAGAGUGGUGACAUUUUUUUUUUCAUUUUCAGUUUCAAAUGUGCUACCUGAA